CUAAACCCUGAACCAUUAAAAGCAGAAAACCAAACUACACAAGAAACCAUAACCACAACUUCUGCAGAAGUUACAACAGAACCUAAUCUUUUAUCCAAAGAUACUACACCUUCAGUUAGUAUUCAGACUUCCAUGGAUAGUAAAACUAUUAUCGCAACUGAGCAUGGACUUUCACAUAAUAUGAAUACCACUGAACCUAAUGAAAAUGGUACUAUAACACUUUCUGUAAAUAAAUCAUUAUCUAAUGCAGAUAGCUAUACCAGUUCUCCUACAAUUAUUCCUUCAUCAUCUAAAAAUGACUCUAAAUCUCAUUUAACAGAUAACAUUAUUCAUUCUCCAACUAGUCCUAAUGCUUCCAAAAUUAGUAGCACAUUUCCUACAUCCUUAUCUCCUUUGAAAGCUGUAUCUUCUUCUAAUGACACUACAUCUUUUCCAUAUAGUUCUACACCUCCUACGACUCUACCUACUCCUGAAACUAAAACUGAACUUUUCGCAAAUAAAUCUAUAUCUUCAAAUGAUACAAUAGUACAUUCUACUACCCCAUCUAAAUCAUUAUUAUUUCCAGUUGCAAAUCCAUCUCCUAGCACAAUAACUGAUUCUCCUAUAACACAUAGUAGUAUAGCAUCAUUGGAAACACAUAAUCCCAUAACACAAAAUCUACAAAAUACACCAGCCUCUUUCAUACAAGAUAGCCAAAUUAUUCCUUUAAACAUAACUCAAAAUAAUACAAUAGGAAAUAAUGUAAUUGCCAUUCCUUCAGGUACCGCUUUUUUAAAUAAAUCUACCAUGCAACCCCAAUUGGAAAAUAAUACUGAAGUUACACCUACAGUUAAACCUACAGGAAGUGUGUUAAUAACAAUCGCUCCAAUAGGUAUAAUCCUUUUAGGAAUUAUUCUCCUAUUAAUUCUUGUCUGCAGAUGCACUCCUAUUGGAUCUUGGUUACGCAAUCGUAGAUCAAAAAAAAAAAAAAAAAUAAAAAAAAAGAUUAAGAAAAUUUCAAAGGAACCGAUAUUAAUGUCUUCAAGUGAUAUAAAGAAUGAACCAAUAAAUAGUGGAAAAUAUUCAUUGUUGUACCAAGAAAAACAUUUACCACUAUGUGAGGUUAGUUUUGAAAGUGAACAAAAUUUGAAAUAUAGACAGACUAAAAAAUUCAUGAAAAGUGAAAAUAAACAUAAUGGUGAAAUUGUAGAAUUAUCAAUGUUAAAAAAUGAACUUCCAAUAAAUGAAGAUAAAUUAAAUGAAGGUGAUCCUAAAAAUGAAAUUGAAGAAGAUGAAUUGAAUGUGAAUAAAUAUACAAAUAAAAUUAGAAAAAAAAAAUCAAUUAAAAAUGGAUUAGCAAAAGAUUCAGUUCAUGUUGUAGGAUAUUCUUGGAAUAAUACAUUAAAUGAUGAAGAAAAAAAUGAAAUAAAUGUAAAAACUGAAAAAUCUCUGUAUGAAAAUGAAUUGAAAAAUUCAGGAAAUAAUGUGUCAAUCAAUAGUGAAAUGUGCAACUGGAAUACAAGGAAAAAUACAUAUAUUAUAACAUUACUAGAGUAUAAAAAAGAAGAAUGGGAAUUGAUUAAAAAUGAAUUUUUAAAAAUUUGCAUAGAAGUGUUUGAGAAAGACGAAAAAACUUCUUAUCUAAAAGAAGCUGGCAAUAAUUUAAUAAAGGAAAGAGAAGAAGAAAAUAGUAUAGUUGUGACAGAAAAAAAUAGCAGUAUCCUAGAUAAAUGGAAAAAAGAAGAAUGGUUCAUUAAUUUAAAAAAAGAAUGGAAGAAAGAAGAAGAAAAACUUUUAGAAUAUUUAGAAGAAUAUGAAAUUGAAAAUUUAACAGUGGAAGAAAAAAGUAAUCUAAUGUUAGACAAAAAGAAAAAAUCAUGGAGGAAAUGGCUAGAAAAACAGAGAGAAUAUUCAAAUGAAUAUAAAAAGCAGGAUUGGUUUAUGAAGUUAUUGGAAGAAUAUGAAAAGGUUGGAAUUUAUAAAAAUAUAAUGGAAGAAAAAAUUGAAAAAAUAAGUGUAAAAAAACAAGAGAAUGAAAUAAAUAAUGAAAUAGAUAAAGAUAAAAUGAAGAAAAAUUUGACACAAAAAAUGUUAAUAGACAUAUAUAUGAUGGUAUUAAAUGAAUGUAAAAAGGAAGAAAUGGAAAGAGAAAAAGAUGAAUUGUUUAAAACAAACACAGAAGGAUUAGGAAUACAAAGAAAUUUAGAUGAAGAAGUAAAUAUAUUAAAAAAAAUAGAAGAAGAAAGAAGUUGGAAUUGUUUAUUAGAAAAAAAAAAAGAGGAUAUAGAAAAAUGGAAAAGAGAAAAAUGGUUUGUAGAGCUAAUGCUAGAAUGGAAUGAAAAUGAACAGAAAUACUUAGAAGAAUUAAAUAAAAAAAUGCUGGAAAAAAAAAAUCAGGAAAGAAUAACAAAUAUUGCUUUAGAAAGGCAGAAAAUUUUAUGGAAAAAACAUUGGGAUGAUAUUCGUAAAAAGUGGAUAGAAAAUGAUAACAAAGAAGAAUGGUUUACAAAAUUGGUUGAUGAAGUUAAAAGUAAAGAGAAUGAAUAUAGAAGUGAAAUUACUAAGAAGAAUAUAGAAAAGAAAAAGGAAAAUAUAGAAAUAUUUGAGCCAAUAGGAGAGAUUAAUAGAAAAGUAAAAGAAGUGAAAAAAUAUGAAAAGACUCAUCUAGAUGAUACAGAUGAAAGGAUUAAUUACAUAAUGAUGAAAAAAAAAUUAAUGUGGAAGACUAUAGUAGAAAUACAUAUGAUUGUAUUAGAGGAAUGUAAAAAAGAGGAGUGGAUGUUGAAUAGAGGAAAAUUUUUAGAAGCCUGCUUAGAAGAAUUUAAAAAAGAAGAAAAAGAAAAAUAUACAAAAAAAAUAGAAAAUGAUUUAAUAUUAAUUGGAGAAGAAGAAGAAAACAUUAGUACAAUAAUGUUAGAGAUACAAAAACUCCUUUGGAAAAAAUGGGUAGAAAGAAAUAAAAGUAUGUUAGAGAAAUGGAAAAGAGAAGAAUGGUUUAUUAAUUUGAAAAAAGAAUGGGAAAAUGAACAAAGAAAUUUCGGAGAAACAAUAAAGGAAUCAGAAAUAAUACAGAUUAAUUCAGGAGAAAAUCUUAUGUUAGAAAAACAAAAAAAAAUAUGGAAACAAUGGCUAAAAAAACAAAGAAUAUGGUUUAUAGAGCAUAGUGAGGAUAAAUGGUUUAAAGAUUUGUUAGAUGAAUAUAAAAAAGAGGAAGAAUAUGAAAAAGAAUUAACUAAAAGAGAUGUGAAGAAAAUAAAGGAAAUUCAAAAAAAUAUAAAGGAGUUAGAACAAGAAAAAAGUGAGGAAAUAGAGAAAUCUAGAAAAAAGAAAAAGUUGAUACAAAAAGUGUUAAUAGAAAUACAUAUGACGGUAUUAGAGGAAUAUAAAAAAGAAGAGAUGAAAAGAGAAAUAGAAGGUUUUUUUAAUAUAAUUAGGAAUGAAAUGAAAAUACAAGAAAAUUUACAUGAAAAAAUAAAUAUAUUAGAAAAAAUAGAAGAAGAAAGAAAUUGGAAUUCUUUAUUAGAAAAGAAAAAAGAGGAUAUAGAAAAAUGGAAAAGAGAAAAAUGGUUUGUAGAGCUAAUGCUAGAAUGGAAUGAUAACGAACAGAAAUAUUUAGAAGAAUUAAAUAAAAAAAUGCUGGAAAAAAAAAAUCAGGAAAGAAUAACAAAUAUUGCUUUAGAAAGGCAGAAAAUUGUAUUGAAAAAACAUUGGGAAGGUAUUCGUAAAAAGUGGAUAGAAAAUGAUAACAAAGAAAAAUGGUUUACAAAAUUGGUUGAUGAUGUUGAAAGUAAAGAGAAUGAAUAUAGAAGUGAAAUUACUAAAAAGAAUAUAGAAAAGAAAAAGGAAAACAUAGAAAUAUUUGAGCCAAUAGUAGAGAUCAAUAGAAAAGGAAAAGAAAAAAUAACGAAAUAUGAAAAUACUCAUCCACAAGAUAUAGAUGAAAAGAUUAAUUCAAUAAUAAACAAAAAAAAAAUAAAGUGGAAGACUAUAGUAGAAAUACACAUGAUUGUAUUAGAAGAAUGUAAAAAAGAGGAGUGGAUGUUGAAUAGAGGAAAAUUUUUAGAAGCCUGUUUAGAAGAAUUUAAAAAUGAAGAUAAAGGAAAAUAUACAAAAAAAAUAGAAAAUGAUUUAAUAUUAAUUGGAGAAGAAGAAGAAAACAUUAGUACAAUAAUGUUAGAGAUUUUUUUUUUUUUUUUUUUUGAAACUUAUAAAAAUUUAUGUUUUAAUUAG